AUGUCUCGAUACUUAACAUAUUCAUCUUCUAACGGGCUCAGAGGACUCCCAAUACAAUUGCCUGGUAUCUGGGAUAACGGAAUAUGCGCAUCGAUGGCAUAUAAAUAUGACAUAGACGAUUUUCUGCCAUCAAGAUCAGGAAGUUAUGGCCUUUUUGACUGCAUAAAUCCAGUGUGCUCUGCCUUCAGAAUUGGAGAAGACGGCUAUAUGGAAAGAAACUCAAGGCCAGGAACCAAUCAAUUAUAUCGAUUCGGAAUUCAAUCCAAUAAUGGAAAUGAAAUAACAGAAGCUGCAAGGGCAGCUUGA